AUCGACGAUCAUGUCCGACGUGGCCGCCCUCGAGGCAGAGGUGAGGGAGUUCAAGCUUCAGCUUGAAACGGUCGACUCCAGCUUGCAGGUAGAUCCCGAUAACUUGGAACUCCAAAGCCUCAAGACUGAACUUGAAGAACUCAUAACCCUCACCGAAACUUCCAUCGCCGAACUCAAACCACCAGCGACCGCAUCCCACUCGGCCCCGCCGCCUCCCAAGGAGUCUUGGAAAGAGCAGGGGCCUCGCAAGCCGAGAGAUGAAAACACGGAAGAGCCACACCCCGCACCUCCCGCUUCAUUCCGCGUCAAUGACAACGUCCUGGCCCGCUGGGUGUCGGGCGACGGCUCCUUCUAUCCCGCGCGCAUUACUUCCAUCACCGGCUCUUCUAGCAACCCCAUGUAUCUGGUGUCGUUCAAGUCUUACUCGACCAAGGAGAACUUGACCUCCAAGGAUAUUCGUCCCGUCGCGGGCUUUGAUCGGAAACGCAAGGCUGAUGGAACUCCAGGCAGUUCGGGGUCACCAUCUCCCGCACCGCCGCCACCGAACGUGAUCUCGGCGGCGGCCGACAUCAAUCCCACUCUGGCCAACCAGGCCCGGCAGGAACCCAGCAAGGCCGGAGAUGGUCCAGCGCGGCCAGCCAAGGUGCCGCGCAAGGUGAAGGCCAACAAGGAGCUCGAGGAGGGAAAGAACAAGUGGAAGGAUUUUGCGGCCAAAAGCAAGGGCAAGGGCAAGUUCGGAAAGAAGGACAGCAUGUUCCGCACCGGUGACAGUGUCAAUGCACGAGUGGGGUUCACGGGGUCUGGCCAGCAGAUGCGCAAGGACCCAACCCGGUCACGCCACAUCUAUCAGCAGGCUGAUGAUGAGGGUUAUUAGAAGGCCGGUUUGAAAUGCAGUGGCCAUGGCUACGUCAAGUUCUAUUCUGAUAUCUAUUUCCUCGGUGUUUAUUGGAUCAUCCUUCAUGUGCCCAUCGCUAACUGGAUCGGCGAUGCAGAUACAGCGAUUAUAUGUAUUUCGCACUCGGAGUUAUUUGUUCAUAGAGUCCCUUUCUCUUCGAGUUUCGAC